AUACUAAUAUUAGAGGAUAUAUUUUUGUACAUCCUACCAUGCUGACACGAAAGAGAUGAAAACGAUGGCUUGUUGAAGCUUGCAGCUAAAAACUAACCACAAACUCGAAGAAUUUCAGGAUCAAAUCAAUACAAAACAAAAACCAUGGCCGGAAAGUUGAACUGUGUGAUCGUUUCCGUCGACGGCAGUGAAGAGAGCAUGAACGCCUUGAAUUGGACUCUAGACAACAUUAAGCUCAAACCCCAUGAUCCCGAUUCUCAAGAAUCACAAGGGUCCAUUGUGAUUCUCCAUGUUCAAUCUCCGCCGUCUAUCGCUGCUGGUCUUAACCCUGGAGCUAUCCCCUUUGGUGGCCCCAGUGAUAUUGAGGUGCCUGCGUUUACUGCUGCAAUUGAGGCACAUCAAAAGCGGAUCACACAGGCCAUUUUAGACCAUGCUCUUGAGAUUUGUGCUAAUAAAAAUGCAAACGUUAAGACCCAAGUAGUUAUUGGGGAUCCAAAGGAGAAAAUUUGUGAUGCUGUUGAAGAAAUGAAUGCUGAUUUGCUAGUGAUGGGUUCCCGUGCUUUUGGCCCCAUUAAAAGGAUGUUUCUGGGGAGUGUAAGCAACUACUGCACAAACCAUGCACAGUGUCCAGUAAUUAUUGUUAAGGCCACUCCUUAAUGCGAAUAUUCCAGGGUUCGGUGCUAUAUACCGUCUUCUUUGGAUGAUCAGCCUUAAGCUGUAGUUAUGGGUUGCUCAUGAGAUGCAUGGAAUGUGUUUGUUCAAACAAGAUAAUAGUCGUCGUAUAGUGGAAUAAGCUUGACUGGCUGUCUCUAUGCUGUAGAUCAUGUGUGUUUUGCAUUAAUUUAUAGAGGUGGAUUGGAUCUUGGUUUGUGUAUUUCCACAUGUGCUGUUUACAAUAUGCAGAUUUACAUCAUGUGAGAGUGCAAGAACUUUCUGUGAAGAUGUGAAGGGUGUCA